AUGACUCCCACACCCAGCCCGCCACCCCCGGCGCUGCUGCUGCUCCCGCCACCUCCUUCGCCGAGCACCCGCCUCGCCCUCAACAGCCUCUACCACGCGCCCCUCUCCGCCGUCCUCGCCACCCUCGCCGCGCAGUCCCGCCAGACGCGCCGUCCCGCGCUUCUCCUCAUCGCCGUCGCCGCGCCCGUCCUAACCCACAGCUCCCUCCGCGGCGGCGGCAGCACGUCCGUCGUGCGCUGGCAUGCCGCGCAGUCGCUCCUCGCGGGCGUCUACUCCAUCAUCGCCGCGCUGUGCGCUGAGCAGGGCGUCCAGACGGACCUGGGAUCUGCGCCGACGGCGACGGCCGGCAGCGUCGACGCGCGCGUCGUGCUGGUCGACCACGAGCGCGGGCGCUCGUACCGCCGCGCGCCCGACGGAUCCUACCAGACGCACAACGGCACCGCGGUGCUGGAUCUUGCAGGCUUUGCGACGACGGUGCGGGGUCCCUGGGAUAAGAUUUUUCACCCGAGCAGCGAGUCGGGCUACGAGCUGCUCAAGGCGUACUUGCUGCUCGCAGAGGACAGACAGGUCUUCAAGCAGGGCCAGAUGGUGCCCGUGCCGGGCGGCAUCAGCAUCUCCCCCGCCGCCGCCACGGGCGCGAUAACGACUACGACAACGACGACGGGCAAUGAAGCGGACGGAAAGGUGGACACACAGGAACACAAGAGCUACGACACCGUCAUUCUCGGCGGCACGUUUGACCACCUCCACCCAGGCCACAAGCUGCUCCUCCACGGCACCGUGCUGCUCCUGCAGCUGCCCAAACCAGGCCAAGCGUCUUCGCCGAGCACCGUCAUCAUUGGCGUUUCCGGGGACCCCAUGCUGCAAAACAAGAAGUUUGCCGACGAGCUCGAGAGCUGGGAUACGCGGUCCCGGAGCGUCCUUGCCUUUCUCGCCACCACCCUGCACGUGUCUCCGCCCGGGGACGCCACUGCCGCCACCGCCGCCGUCACGCCGUCGAGCUACCGUGUGGAGCGCAUCGUCGCAGGUCCCUCGGGCGGGCCGGAGCUACACGCCGUGUACGCCGACGGCGCGGUGAGGGUGCGUUGCACGGUGCUCGAGGAUCCGUUUGGGCCGACGGUUGACGAGGAGCCCAUUGGCGCCAUCUGCGUGUCGGGGGAGACGCGCGGCGGUGGGCGGGCCGUCAAUGAGAAGAGGGCGGCCAAGGGCUGGCACGCGCUCGAUGCCUACGAGGUCGACGUGCUGGACACGCGCGGCAUCGUGGAAGAUGGUGGCGGGGCCAGGGAGGAAGAUUUUGCAGCCAAGAUUAGCAGCACGGCCAUUCGGCAGCAGAGAGCCGAGGCCAAGGCAAAGGCGCAAAUUUGA